AUGGCGGACAAGCCCAUCAACUUCUCCGAGCAUGUCCAGCUCACCAACGUUGGCAUCGCCCCCGAGAGCAUCUCGUUCGCCAAUGUCACGCUCGAAUCCGAGAACUUUGUCUGCGUUCGUGAAAGCGUCAACGGUCAGAACUCGGUCGUCAUUGUCAACCUCAACGAUAUCAGCGAUGUCAUGAGGAGACCCAUCACCGCCGACUCGGCCAUCAUGAACCCCAUCCAAAAGAUCAUCGCUCUCAAAUCGGCGCGGCAGCUUCAGAUCUUCAACAUCGAGGCCAAGUCCAAGGUCAAGUCGCAUCUCAUGCAGGAGGAUGUCACCUUCUGGAAGUGGAUCAGCAACACCAUCCUCGGCAUUGUCACCGAAAAUGCAGUCUACCAUUGGUCCAUGGAGGGCGAGGCAGCACCAGCAAAGGUCUUUGAUCGACACGUGAGCUUGCAGGGAACUCAGAUCAUCAACUACCGUGCGAGCCAAGACGAAAAGUGGCUCGUCCUCGUCGGUAUCUCUGGCAACACUUCGGGCGCACCCAACGCAUUCCGUGUCAAGGGUUCCAUGCAGCUCUACUCGCGCGAUCGCGGCGUCUCGCAGCCCAUCGAGGGCCACGCCGCCGCCUUUGCAGAGCUCAAGUCCGACGCAGCACCCAGUCCGUUCAAGCUCUUCACCUUCGCCAACCGCACUGCCACCGGCGCCAAGCUGCACGUGGUUGAGAUCGACCACCAGAACGGCCAGCCCGCCUUCACCAAGAAAGCCGUCGACGUCUUCUUCCCGCCAGAGGCCACCAACGACUUCCCCGUCGCCAUGCAGGUCAGCAAGCGAUACGGUAUCGUCUACCUGGUCACCAAGUACGGUUUCAUCCACCUGUACGACCUCGAGAGCGGUGCUUGCAUCUACAUGAACCGUAUUUCGGGCGACACGAUCUUCGUCACUGCAGAGCACGAGUCCACCAGCGGCAUCAUCGGCAUCAACCGCAAGGGUCAAGUGCUGUCAGUGUCGGUCGACGAGGAAACCGUCAUUCCCUACAUCCUGCGCACGCUCAACAACUCCGAACUUGCCUUCAAGCUCGCCUCGCGCGGCGAUUUGCCAGGUGCCGACGACCUCUACCUCCAGCAGUUCCACUCGCUCUUCUCCACAGGGCAGUACGGUGAGGCCGCCAAGAUCGCCGCCAAUUCGCCACGCGGCAUCUUGCGAACUUCGCAGACCAUCGAGCAGUUCAAGCAGGUCCCCAAUCAGCCCGGCACUCUCUCCCCCAUCCUGCAGUACUUCGGCAUCCUCCUUGAGAAGGGCUCGCUCAACAAGUUUGAGUCGCUCGAGCUCGCUCGUCCCGUACUCAACCAGGGCCGAAAGCACCUCCUCGAAAAGUGGCUCAAGGAGAGCAAAAUCGAAUGCAGCGAGGAGCUCGGUGACAUUGUGCGCCAGCACGACAUGAAUCUCGCCCUCAGCGUCUACCUCCGCGCCAACGUGCCCAACAAGGUCGUCGCCUGCUUUGCCGAGACCGGCCAGUUCGACAAGAUCGUCCUUUACGCCAAGAAGGUCGGCUACACUCCCGACUAUGCCACUCUCCUCCAGCACAUCGUCCGCACCAACCCAGAAAAGGGUGCCGAAUUCGCUAGCAGCCUGGUCGGCGACGAGUCCGGUCCUCUGGUCGAUAUUGAGCGGGUCACCGACAUCUUCAUGUCCCAGAACAUGAUCCAGCAGGCGACCAGCUUCCUCCUCGACGCACUUAAGGACAACAAGCCCGAGCAGGCGCACCUUCAGACGCGUCUCCUCGAGAUGAACCUCGUCAACGCUCCUCAGGUCGCAGAUGCCAUCCUCGGCAACGAGAUGUUCACGCAUUACGACCGCCCUCGCAUCGCCAACCUUUGCGAGAAGGCCGGUCUGCUGCAGCGUGCGCUCGAGCACUACGAGGACAACGCCGACAUCAAGCGCGUCGUCGUUCACACCAACCUCCUCCAACCAGAGUGGCUCGUCAACUACUUUGGCAAGCUCACCGUCGAGCAGUCGCUCGAGUGCCUCCGCGAGAUGCUCAAGGUCAACAUCCGACAGAACUUGCAGGUGGUUGUGCAGAUCGCCACUAAGUACUCGGAUCUCCUUGGCCCCGUCAAGAUCAUCGAGAUGUUCGAGUCGUUCAAGUCGUUCGAGGGUCUCUACUACUACCUUGGCUCCGUCGUCAACCUUUCGACCGACCCCGAGGUGCACUUCAAGUACAUCCAGGCGGCCACCCGCACCGGUCAGAUCCGAGAGGUCGAGCGCAUCUGCCGCGAGUCCAACUCGUACAACCCCGAGAAGGUCAAGAACUUCCUCAAGGAGGCCAAGCUUUCGGACCAGCUGCCGCUCAUCAUUGUCUGCGACCGAUUCGACUUCGUCCACGACCUGGUGCUCUACCUCUACCAGAACAUGCUCAUUAACUUUAUCGAGGUCUACGUGCAGCGCGUCAACUCGUCGCGCACGCCCCAGGUCAUCGGUGGUUUGCUGGAUGUCGACUGCGAUGAAGGUGUCAUCAAGAACCUGCUCGCUUCCGUCACGGGCCCCAUUCCCGUCGACGAGCUCGUCGAGGAGGUGGAGAAGCGCAACCGCCUCAAGCUGAUCAUGCCAUGGCUGCAGUCCAAGAUCGAGGCCGGCUCUCAGGACCAGCCCCUCUACAACGCCAUGGCCAAGAUCGCCAUCGACAGCAACAACAACCCCGAGGCCUUCCUCAAGGAGAACAACCUCUACGACCCUCGCGUUGUCGGCAAGUACUGCGAGAAGCGCGACCCCUACCUCGCCUACAUCGCGUACGCCAAGGGCUUCUGCGACGAGGAGCUCAUCUCCAUCACCAACGACAACUCGAUGUUCAAGCACCAGGCUCGUUACCUCGUCAAGCGCCGUCAGCUCGACCUCUGGGCGCAGGUCCUCACCUCGGACAACGUUCACCGCCGCCAGCUUGUGGAGCAGGUCACCUCGACCGCCGUCCCCGAGUCGACCAACCCGGACGACGUCUCGGCCACGGUCAAGGCGUUCAUGGCUGCCGAUCUGCCGCAUGAGCUCAUCGAGCUGCUCGAGAAGAUCAUCCUCGAGGAGUCGGCGUUCAGCGACAACCGCAGUCUCAAGAACCUGCUCAUGCUCACCGCCGUCCGCACCGACAAGGGCAAGGUGAUGAACUACAUCGACCGUCUCGACGGCUACGACGUCGAGGAGAUUGCCAAGAUCGCCAUCGACCACGGUCUCUACGAGGAAGCCUUCCGCAUCUUCUCCAAGGCCGAGCAGCACGAGGAUGCCAUGAACGUCCUCGUCGAGCACGUCGUCUCGAUCGACCGCGGCCAGCAGUACGCCGCCAAGCUCAACCAGCCCGCCAUCUGGUCGCGUCUCGGUAAGGCCCAGCUCGACGGUCUGCGUGUCAAGGACGCCAUCGACUCGUACGUCAAGGCCGAGGACCCGUCCAACUACGAGGAGGUCAUCGAGAUUGCCGAGCACGCUGGCCGCGAGGAGGAGCUCAUCCGCUACUUGCAGAUGGCUCGCAAGAAGGCCCGUGAGCCCAAGAUCGACACCGAGUACGCCUACUGCCUCGCCAAGGCCCACCGUCUCGGCGACAUGGAGGAGUUCCUCGGCAUGACCAACGUUGCCGAUAUCCUGGUUGUUGGUGAGAAGUGCUUCAACGACGAGCUGUACGAGGCUGCCAAGCUUUUGUUCACUAGCGUCUCGAACUACGCCCGUCUCGCCACCACCCUCGUCUACCUCAGCGACUACCAGGGUGCCGUCGAGGCGGCUCGCAAGGCCGGGAACACGUCUGUGUGGAAGCAGGUCCACGCCGCGUGUCUCAGCAAGCGCGAGUUCAAGCUGGCUCAGAUCGCCGGUCUCGCCAUCAUCCCGCACGCCGAGGAGCUGCCUGCCCUGUUCCGGUCGUACGAGGCCGAGGGCUUCUUUGACGAGUUGCUCCACCUUCUCGAGCAGGCUCUCGGUCUCGAGCGCGCGCACAUGGGUGUCUUUACCCAGACCGGUGUCGCGCUCGCCAAGUACCGCCCCGAGCGUCUCAUGGAGCACCUCAAGCUGUACUGGUCGCGCUCCAACCUGCCCCAGCUCAUCAAGGUCACCGAGCAGUGCCACCUGUGGUCGGAGCUGGUCUACCUGUACACCAAGUACGACGAGAUGGACAAUGCUGCGCUCGCCACCAUGGAGCACGCCGCCGAUGCAUGGGACCACGACCAGUUCAAGUCGGUUCUGCCCAAGGUUGCCAACGUCGAGAUCUACUACCGUGCGUUGACGUUCUACCUCGAGCAGCACCCGUUGCUGCUCACCGACCUGUUGACCGUGCUCGCCAAGCGCAUCGACCACGGCCGCGUCGUGCGCAUGUUCAAGAAGAAGGACAACGACAACGUGCCGCUCAUCCGCAGCUACCUCAUGUCGGUGCAGCACCACAACCUCGAAGCGGUCAACGACGCGUACAACGACCUUUUGAUCGAGGAGGAGGACUACGAGACGCUGCGCUCAUCCAUCGACGGCUUUGACAACUUUGACACGAUCUCGCUGGCGUCUCGGCUGCAGAAGCACGAUCUGCUCGAGUUCCGCCGUCUCGCGGCGCACCUGUACAAGAAGAAGGAGCGCUGGGACGAGUCGAUCGCGCUGUCCAAGGCGGACAAGCUGUUCAAGGACGCCAUUGAGACGGCGGCCAUCUCGGGCGAGGAGAGCGUCGCCGAGGAGUUGCUCGAGUACUUUGUCGAGAUCGGCAACAAGGAGUGCUACGCCGCGACGCUGUUUGCGUGCUACGACCUGGUGCGACCGGAUGUGGUGCUCGAGCUCUCGUGGCGUCACGGCUUGGGCGACUUUACCAUGCCGUACCAGCUCCAGAGCAUGCGCGACCAGAGCGAGAAGCUCAAGAAGCUCGAAAAGGAGGUGCGCGAGCGCGCAAAGAAGGACAGCGACAAGGAGAGGCUCGAGGAGGACGCACCGAUCAUCGGGCCCGGCGGAAUCGGCGCCCCCAAGCUCAUCACCGCCGGUGUCACGGGGUUGGGCGGCAUGGCCGGCGGGUAUCCUAAUAAUCUCAAUGGCGGCAUGUACAUGCAGCCCACUGGCAUGUUCUGA